CCAGUCCUGUUGGGGGCCCCGUGCACGCUCAUCCCAAGGUGCCGAUCUCAGAGAGGAGAGAACAGUGUCCUCAUUUCAAAUUGGGCUCCAUAAAGUCCAGCGCCUGAUGGAAUGUGUGUGUGUGAGAUAGAGAGAGAGAGAGAGAGAGAGAGAUGAGUUCACUGGCGCCGCUCCGUUCUCUUGCUUGCUUCGUCUUCCUCUGCGCAUCCUUCGGUGCAGCAAAUGGGAUGUACGGUAGGGUUGGUGCGGCGGCGGCGGCGGCGGCGGCGGUGGAGAGUAAGAGGCUGCAGCUGCACACCGACGGGAGCGGCGGCGCCGCGCAAGCGUGGCCUGGGUACCUCUACACCCGAGCGGUUGGGAGAUGCACGCCCCAGUUCUGGAGCAGCGGAGCUGAGCCAUGGCCCAACAUCAUCCCUCAGGAAGCGGCAGUGUCGAAGGUGUUCGGCUCCAGGUCUGUUGAGAGGUACGGGCCACGCCUCACCUUGCUGGAGGCCACCAUGAGGACGGACGACAUUGGCGGCAACGCCUUUGUCAAGCUCGUGAAGCAAGGUAGCGCUUCCCUCCUCAACGCCUACACGAGGAGAGGUUUUCCUUUAGAUUCUUGGGAGGUGAAGGCGCUGCUGUUGGAAGCGCUUGUGUCCGAGGAGGCUGCCGCCGUCCAGGCGGAGCGGUUUGAGCAGGCGAACGAGUCCUGCAUUUGAAAGAGGAGAGGACAUGGUGAUGAUGAAGGAGCUGCUGUUUCUGCUUGAAAGCUGCGUAGCUACAGUUUGUAGUAAGUAGGUCACCCCUUCUGUGACUUUCUCUAUGCCUUUGGGGUUUCAGAAUGUUAGCUGCAAUGUGCGUGGCUGCUAUUUGGUAAAUCUAUGAGAUUGUACCUUCCGUGCAUGGAUGGAAGUUUUAUAUUGUCA